UGGGGGUGGGGUAGACAGCUUGGUUGAUAAGGGGUCGGAGAUAGUACUUUAGAAAAUGUAUGUGCAGAUCGAUCGAGUUACUGUGUAAAAUUAACAUUCCAAUAUUGACCCGAUAGAAGGCUCCAAAGACGUUUAGUCUGGGAAAUAGCAUUAGGAAAAAACUAAAUUUAGAAGAUCGAAAUCUAUUGUGUCAUAAAAGUUUCCAUAAUCUACUUAUAAGCUUCUUGCAAAGUCACGUAAUAUGAUACCCUUUGAUCACCCACACCCAAGCCGCGUAGCUGGAUCGCGUGGAGCACCAACAUGCACGUCACCCGCCAUUGCGCGAUGUGGUAAACGCAGCGCAGUGAGUUAGGAUUGUCAUCAACUUGAAACGAAAGCGAGGAAACAGAAACAUGGCGGUUGUAAGAUAUAUUCAUAAGACGGAAUGACGCACGUGGAAAGUGAAAUUGGUACGAGCGUUAUAAUCAGAACAAUGUCUUGGAGAGUGCUGAGAGUACUUGUGGUCCUUGCUGUCAUCCAAGGGGCGAGUGUAUUUGCAAAGUGUCCUGCCAAGUGUUUCUGUAACGUUCAACAGACCUCUGUGAACUGUGGCGGAAAACACCUCACGGACCUCCCAGCCAAUAUACCUCGAGAGGUAGAAAAGUUAUAUCUGAACAAUAACAGGUUCACCACACUAAGUCCAUACGCAUUUUCUAACUUCACACGGCUAUUGUAUUUGGACCUCCGACAGAACUUUCUCCAUCAGAUUGAUUCGGGUGUAUUUUCCAACUGUUCACAGCUUCAACAGUUAUACCUUACUGCUAACCUAAUAGAAACAAUCCAUACAAAGGCUUUUGAAGGUUCCCAGCAAGUUACCUACUUGUCACUUGGAGCAAACCGACUGAAGCAGGUACCAUCCCUUCCUUCCCUUGUCAACCUACAGAGUCUCAUCAUGGAAGGAAAUAAAAUCAGCAAUGCAACCUUUCCAGAGAGUUAUUCAGCAAACACGGCCCUCACCGACAUAGUGAUGAGCAACAACGCGUUAGAUGUCCUCUCAAACGCAACCUUUCAAUCACUGAGACCAUCUCAAGUCAGGAAAGUGGAAAUAGCCAGAAGCCAUAUACAGAAAGUUGAAAGCGGGGCGUUUGAGCCACUGAAGUUGUUGAUGUCUCUGAAGAUUGGAUACAACCCUUUGGAUAGUCUACAGCUGCAAAAUGUCAUUCGUGGCCUGAGCCACACAAGCUUAGUGUCCUUGGACAUCCGGAACCUUAGUCUUGCUGGGAGGCUUCCUUCUGAGACGUUCCUUCUUUUACGCAACACACCGAUCAGUUCCUUGAAGAUGCAAAGCAACCAGAUUGCAAAUAUACCCUCAGGGGCUUUUGCCAACUUGCCCAAACUGAUUCUGAUUGACUUAUCCGGAUGCAGGAUCCAAACAAUUUCCGAGUCAGCAUUUGAGAAUUUAACAGUACUGCAGACACUUUUUCUGUACGACAAUAGUCUAGCAAUAGUUCCUCGUGGUUUACCGUCAUCACUUACUAAACUGAACUUAGACCAGAAUCAGAUUGAUAAACUGAAAAACGGUGACUUUGAUAAUCUUAAAACUCUUGAAGAGUUGAACAUAGGGAGAAAUUCCAUUUCUGAACUUCAAGAGUAUGCUUUCUUGGGGCUCUCGCAGUUGCAGAAGUUACACUUGGGCCAAAAUAGGAUUUCAACCCUGCCAGGAAAGUUAUUCAACCUAUUUACGAGACUUGUGUCCCUUGAAUUGAAUGGUAAUAAUAUCAAAUCUAUUCCUGCCAGCGAAGGUCGUUUUUCAAGUUUGGCAUCCUUGGUUUAUCUUAAACUCGACUCUAAUGCAUUAUCAGAUAUGCCUCUUACGCUCCUUCGCCCCCUUCAGAGCCUAGUGUAUUUGCAUCUUGAUAACAACCAGCUUGGAUCUCUCCUAGCCGAAGACAGAUCAGGAGAACUGUUCAGAAGCUUGGCUAAGCUUGAAGAGCUCCACCUCCGGAACAAUGAUAUCCACACUCUUCCUGAACCAAUGCUUGCUGAACAGAAAUCAUUAACCAUCUUAGACUUAUCUAAGAACAGACUCAUUCACUGGGAACAACAUUUCUUUGUGUCAACCGAGUCUCUGCGUACCCUUGAUCUCAGUUUGAACUUGAUUUCACUCAUCAACAAGACUUCCAUCAGCAACCUACGUUCACUUCAGACUCUGAACCUGUCUGGCAACCCUUUCGCCUGUACCUGCAGCGCUAGGUGGUUUUGUGGCUGGAUGAAUCAAACUGACAUAGUCCUUCCACAGCGGUCUCUCUUCACCUGUAAUCUUCCUUCGCCCUGGCAGGGAAAAUCCAUGUCCUCCUACUGCAAUGCUAAAGUUGACUGUACUGAUUACACGUUGUACUAUAUCAUAGGGGCAGUUGGUGUAGGGUGUAUUUUAACGUUCCUGAUGAUGGGAGUUUGUUACAGGUACAGAUGGUAUGUCAGGUACAGGUGCUUUAGAAUCAAACGAGGACUCCGAAGAGGUAGGUACCGUAAAGACUACAUGCAUCUACCGGGCGAUGACAAGGUUUACGAUGUGUACGUAUCGUACGCUGAAGAGGACAGAGAUUGGGUGGCACAAAAUAUCAUUAGGAAGUUUGAUUGUGGUGAAUGUGCAGGCGAUCAGUGUGAAGGUCAUUACAAACUCUGUUUUAGAGACCGGGAUUUUGUCAACGGGCGACCAGAGAUUCCCAGCAUGGACGAGAGCCUCACUGCAAGCACAUGCGCCUUCGUAAUCGCCACAGAUGAAUAUGUCACAUGCAACUGGUGCUUGUUUGAAUUCGAUAUGCUCAUGGAAAACAAAGCCAGGAAGGUCAUCUCAGACAUAAUUUUGAUCAAGGUUGGCAAAUUACACCAAAACAUCCCCAAACUGAUGGAGAGGAUGAUUCAGAGACAUGAAUAUAUUGAGUGGAUAAGUAAUGAGACUGCGGAGACGAACUUCCUGGAAAAGCUCACUGAGCAACUAGGCCCUAAUACUGUUGGGGGCGCAAUCCAGGCCUAAGCGGACAUUAUUGGGACGUCCAAUCUACAGAAUUGGAUAUAAUGAACAGAAACACACAGAAAAAAUUUAUUGUGACGCGGUAUGCCGUAAAUUUAGCUCGUUGUGGGAUUUCAUGUGUGUGUUUGAUGUUUGAGUGUGCAAUAAUUUUUCAAAAUAUUUGGCAGGUAUAUCAAACAGAUCCUGCAGUGGUGCCUUUUGCUAUUUACGGAUUUUCGGCAUUUUUAUUUUUUUUCAAUUCACAAGGAAACAAUUUUUACAUUUUACCUUACCUGAUGCUAAGUAGUGCUAUAGGUGUAUCGUCAGCUAAGUAUAAAAAACAUUGCAUUUAAUCAGAAAUGCUCAUUUUUCUCGAUUUCCAAGGAAACAAUUUGUACUUAGUCUCAUAAGCUGUUCAAUAUCAUUCAUCAACAAAACUUGGCAGAUACAUCAAACAGCACCUGAAGGGUGAUUUCAUUUCCGAGGCUUAAGGGGUGCCUUUUACAAUAUAAGAUGUUUAAAAAAAAUAAGUUCCCCGUUUCCAUGGAGACAUGAUAUUCAACAUUUUUUCAUCAAAACUUGGUACAUGUAUUGAUCAAAGGUCAAGUGGUGCCUUUGGCUAUUUAGAAUUUUAUUCAAAAAAUAUUUUUUCUCUUUCCAUGGCAACAAGCUUUAAUUUGAUUGUUCAUAGUGGUGUGUUUGUCCCCACCAUGUCUCUAAAGUGAGUGGGUAUGGUUUUACGCCGCUUUUAGCAAUAUUCCAGCAAUAUCACGGCGGGGGACACCAGAAAUGGGCUUAACACAUUGUACCCAUGUCGGGAAUCGAAACCCGGGUCUUCGGCGUGACGAGCGAACUCUCUAACCACUAGGCUACCCGACCGCCCCCAUGUCUCUAAAACUUUGAACUACUCUUUUUUUUUAAACUGGGCACACACAAAGACCAGGUUGUCAGGUAGUGCCUUUUGCUGUUUAGGGAUUUUUAGAAUUUAUAUCUUUUCCAUGUCAACAGGUUUGACUUGGACUCUCUUCAUAUUGGUUUAUAUCUGACAUUGAAAUACAAAGUUCCAAAUCCCAAUGACAUGGUAUUGUUUUGAAAACUCAGAAACUACUCUUGUAUUAGAUAGCAACUCUUUCAUCAAGUUGAACUUAGAGUAACAGUUAGGCGAUUUGUCCUUUCGAAUUAGUGGGAUCCGGGGUGGGGGUGGGGGGGAUUUGUCAUCUUCAGAUGAUUCUUUUCUAACUAGUCAUGACCCGAUUUCUCUCCACAUUGUAUGUGUUGUAUUCAUACCAGUACAUGAUAGAGGUGGUAUGGACUGUCUUGAUAUGUACUUUUCAUAUUAAUUGGGGGACAUUGUGAGCAAUUCUUGAACUGUUAUGUAACAACACAAUGUAUUAUGUGAACCAUAGGCUGGAUGGCCUUCACAUUUGAAUAAACUUUGAUUGA